CCUAAUUUUCUAUCAGUUUAACGUAUUUGAGCGCGGGCGGGCGGGCCGAACUGAACUGGGGAAGCUAGUCCUUGCCGUCGACGGCCAUCAAGAAAACAAUGACGGGGAUUUUAGGAAUGCGCUUCCCCACAAAAGAGCUGGCUGAUGUUUUCGCGGAGGACUCUGAAAACGAUCGAACAUUUUACGGUUUUUCUGACGGUGAAAUCAGCGAUCACAAGAAUUCAAAUUUGGAAGAUGAAGAUGGAGCCCAGCUUUCUCUUUCUCCCAAGAAACAGAAAGCCACAUCUAAACCAUCUGCUGCUGCCCGCCCCUUCAGACUCAGGGUGGCUCUCCGCUCCACUUUCACUGCCCAGCAGUCCACUGAUGAUGAGGAUGCAGAGGGUGAAGAAAAGAGUACCGAGAAGAGAGAGGUGAAGAGGGCAGGAAAGACCAGUCAGGCAAAGAAGAGGAGACGUGUUAAGUUUGAAGAUGAAGAGUCAGCAGUGGCUCGGCCGUCUCCUUCUAAGGAGCAUGGAUCAGAUUCAGCAGAAGAUGUGUCGGACUCUUUUCUGGCCAAGAGAGAACAGAACAUCAAAGCCAAUAAAGCAAUGUUGGCUCAGCUGAUGGCAGACCUGCAGAAGAUGCCAGGAGCUGCAGGUUUUCUGAAGAAACAAGGUGGUAAACAGCCAAAAGAGAGAAGUACUCAUCCACCACGCUCUGGUGCAGCUGGAGGGGAGUCCAGGAAGAACCCAGAGCGAGCGUCCCGCAGACAGACCCGCUCUAUGGGGGGAAGUGACAAUCCUUCAGCCCUGCAGGAGGAGAAACUGGAGCUCAGUUUAGAGGAGGAGCUGCUGGAGGUACGCCGGGCCCCGCAGCGCCGUGGAGCCCCACGACCUCAUCAGUCCAAACCUCAUAUUGUCCGACCUGUCGAAGACAUCACAGAGGAUGAGAUUCAGCUGAUUGCAGACAACAUGACUGAUAAAGUCUACGACAGAGUCAUAGGCUCUACAUGUCACCAGUGCCGACAGAAAACUGUCGACACUAAGACGUGCUGCCGCAGUGAGGACUGUCGUGGGAUUCAGGGUCAGUUCUGUGGGCCAUGCCUGAGGAACAGAUACGGAGAGGAUGUCAGGAAGGCGUUGCUUGAUCCGGAGUGGCGGUGCCCUCCCUGUCGAGGCAUUUGCAACUGCAGCUUCUGCCGCCAGCGUGAUGGCCGCUGCCCAACUGGUAUCCUGUUCCCCCUGGCUCAGUACCACGGUUUCUCGGACGUCCACUCUUACCUCAGCAGCCUCCAAAAAAAACUGAAGAGUGAGGAUGACGAUGGAGAGAUGUGAUUCCAAGACACCAGAGGGAGCAAUUGUUCCAAUUGUAUUGUAGUUUUGUGUUGAAAGUUUUGAGUCUUGCUGUUUUAGUCUGAGUGACACUUACACAUGCUGUGAUUUUAAACAAAUAAAGCAGUUUCCGACCAA